GGCUCAACUUAAAAAAAAAAAAAAAACAAAAAAAUGGGGUUAAGAACUCUGCCUUUGACACCUCCAAGAACCAAUUUCCUUUCAAAUUUAGGCUUAACCCAAAUCUCUUCAAACCAUUUAGCUGACAACAAAAGCUCCAAAUUUAGGGUUUUGGCCAAGAAGGAAGAAGAAAGCCAAAAGAAAAAACAAUCGCUAUUUAGCAGUGUCACAGAAGCACUUGAUUUCUCUCAAGUUAGGUCUGCGGAGGAUGCUGAGCUUCUUGAAGAGGCUAGACAAGCCACCAGGUCUGGAGAAAAGAUGACUAGACAACAGUAUGGGGCUCUCAGAAGGAAAAUUGGAGGAACAUACCAAGAUUUCUUUAAAUCCUAUGUUGAUGUGGAAGGGCAAUAUGUGGAAGAAGGCUGGGUGGACAAGACGUGUAAAGUGUGCAAGAAAGACACGAGGGGAGAGGCAAGGCAAGUUGAUAAGUUUGGCAGAUACGUGCAUGUGGCCUGUUUGGAAAAGUCAAAAUCAGGAAACUUUUUCACCAGGCUCUUCUCAAACUGAAAGGGGGGAUUUCCACUUGCGUUUGAGAUUUCAGUUUCAAAGCAGACAAACAUGGUAUAGAUGAUAUGGUAGAGAGGUUUGAUUAUUACAUCGUAUAUAGGGAUGUAAUUGUAAAGCAUGAAGAUUCUCAUGGUUAAUAGUUCAAUUGGAUUAUAAAUGUUAUCUUUGUUUCACUUCAAUUUUGAGCUGUGAUUAUUCUAUGAGCCAAAUGUAACACCACGUUUUAAUCUAAUGUUAGUUCA